AUGGCAGAUUCUCUUCUCUCCUCCAUUGCUACCUUUCACACAACCAAAAUCAUUGUCACAUAUCCCACCAAGUACUCCUUUAUUGGAUCUAUUACUGAAGCCAUGCUCGCUCGUAUCUCUGCGUCGAGUAACAUUCUCCAACAAUACAAGAAGCAUCCAUCUUCAGGUCCCAGGGAGCUUACGCCAGCCAUGGUUCGCUCCAUUGAAGAGGCUGACAAGCCAGCUAAAAGGAGUAAGAAAACUGAUAAUCAGAAGGAGAUACCUGUUUCCAAACCAACCAAGGGGCAAACCCCCAAGAAGCGAAAGUCUGACAAGGUUGCUACAUCACAGGCUCAACCGAAGAAGCAGAAGAAGCCCGCUAGAAGGCUUAUACUACAAUCCUCAAGUGAUUCAGAUUCAGAGUAUGUUCCUCCUAAACAUAAGAAUGCUCCUCCUUCAGAAUCUGAGAGCGAAAGCUCUGACGAUGAGGCUUCGGGCCGAGGUAAUACUCCGCCUAGCUCUCCUACCCCAGAAAUUCUAGUUCGCUCUCACCCUCCUUCACCUCCACCUGUAACCAUCCCACUAUUUAUCCCUCCAAUAUUUCCCAUUCCAACCACUCAACCAUUCACUACAAUUCCCAUCCCUACUCCCAUAUUCACAUACACUUCCACUACCAUUACUACCACAGGAGCUCACUCAACUACUCCCAUUCCACCAGUAACAACCGAACCACUUGUCACAACCGAACCUCCAGCCACUACCAAACCCUUAUCUCCCACUCAAUCCACAGAAACAACCCCUAUUCUAGGCGGUGAGGACUUGGAAUUUGAUUCCACGUAUUUUAGUCCUUACCGUGUGCAGAGUGACGAUGAUGAUGAUGAGCCUGUUACAAAGCGUCAUCUCAAGGCAGUGAACGAAAAACAUGAUCAACUGCUCUCAUCCUCUUCCUCUGGAGCUUACUCUGAAGCGGCCUUAAAGGCUUUAUUCACAACUGUUGUUCAAGAACACAGUGCCUCACUCUCUGCUGCCGCUAAAUCCAUUGAAGCAUCCACUUCUCAAUGCCAGCAAGCCUCUCUUGCUGUUGAGGCUUCAACCAAGGAGUGCAAGAAAGCGACCGCAAAAGUUGAUAAACUAGUUUCUGAAGAAUGCUCAAACAGUCAAUGCUUCGGUGGAUAA